AUGGCGCAACAGGAUGUUCUUGUGUUCAGCCUGUCAAGGCUCGGGCCAGCGGAGUUCAGCCUCGAUCAGCCAACCCGCUUCCAGCUCGCCCAGGACAUGGUGCCCGACUCCCUGGCGGCACAGCGCUCCGCCAUGCCCGCGCUGGCGGCCGGCGGCUUUGCCGGCAGGUCCUUUGCCGCCAUCAUCGCCGCCUGCAACUACAGCGACGCUCCCAUCACGCUGGUGGGGUUCAAGGCGGAGCUGUCCACCGAGCGCUCCCGCCUCGCGCUGCUGCACGACUCAGCCGCCUCCCCGCUGCCCAGGCUGGCCGCGGGGCAGCGCCACGACUUGUUGGUCAAGCAUGACAUCAAGGACCUGGGCGUGCACACGCUGACCUGUUCCGCCAGCUUCACCUGUGGCGAGGGCGAGCGGCGGCUGCAGGCCCAGGCCUUCACCUUCUCCUCCCUCAACCCGCUGGUGGUGCGCACAAAGCAGCGGCAGGUGGGGGAGGCGGUGCUGCUGGAGGCGACCCUGGAGAAUGCCACCAAGGCGCCUAUGCUGCUGGAUGCCAUUUCUUUCUUCCCCGCCCCGCCAUUCGCCGCCCAACGCGUCGGCGGCGGCGGCGCCAGCUCGCCGCCGCCGCCGCCGGCGGCGGGGCGCGCGGGAGAUGAGCCUGCGGGGCCGCUCAGCUCUUACAUCCAAUCCCUGCCGCUCAUUCCAGAAGGCGGCGCCUCAGCCUUCCUGUUCCACCUCACGCGGCUGCCGGCGGCCGCUGCCGGCAGCCCCGGCGGCGCCAUGCCCGGCGCCAGCCCCGGCACCAGCCCCAGCAGGGCGGCAGCGGCGGCGGCUGCGGCGGCUGCGGCGGCGGCCGAAGCCUCUGGGGCGCUUGGAAAGAUGGAGAUCCGCUGGAGGGGCCCCAUGGGGGAGAUGGCUCGCCUGCAGACGCAGCAGAUCAGCCUGCCGCAGCCGGCGCAGCGUGAGGUCAGCCUGGCGCUGGCCCGCCUGCCUGGGCGGGUGGCUGUGGGCGCCCCCUUCACCGCCACCUUGCGGGUGCAGAGCCACGUGGACCGGCCUGUGGGGCCCCUCAAGAUUGCGGCAGCAGACGCCCCCUCCCCAGCCGGCAGCCCCUCCCGCAGCUCCAGCCUGAGAGCCAGCAGCAGCGGCAGCCCCAGCCGCGAUGGCUCCCUGCAGGGAGGCGCCGUGGCGGCGGCGGCGGCGGCGGCAGCGGCAGCCGUGUGCCUGGAUGGCGCGCAGUCGGUGCUGGUGGAUGAGCUGGCGCCGCGGCAGGCGGUCGAGGUGCAGCUGCGCAUGCUGGCGCUGGCGGCGGGGCAGCAGGCGCUGCCAGCCAUGUGCGUCGUCAGCGAGCGGGACGGCAAGCAGUACGGGGCGCUGCCGCCCGCGGAGCUGUUUGUGGACUCGGCCUGA